AUGACUGGAAAUAACCAAACUUUGAUCUUGGAGUUCCUCCUCCUGGGUCUGCCCAUCCCAUCAGAGUAUCAUCUCCUGUUCUAUGCCCUGUUCCUGGCCAUGUACCUCACCAUCAUCCUGGGAAACCUGCUAAUCAUUGUCCUUGUUCGACUGGACUCUCAUCUCCACAUGCCCAUGUACUUGUUUCUCAGCAACUUGUCCUUCUCUGACCUCUGCUUUUCCUCUGUCACAAUGCCCAAAUUGCUUCAGAACAUGCAGAGCCAAGUACCAUCUAUAUCCUAUGCAGGCUGCCUGACACAGCUGUACUUCUUUAUGGUUUUUGGAGACAUGGAGAGCUUCCUUCUUGUGGUCAUGGCCUAUGACCGCUAUGUGGCCAUCUGCUUUCCUUUGCAUUACACCACCAUCAUGAGCACCAAGUUCUGUGCUUCACUAGUGCUACUUCUGUGGAUGCUGACGACGACCCAUGCCCUGCUGCAUACCCUACUCAUUGCUAGAUUGUCUUUUUGUGAGAAGAAUGUGAUUCUUCACUUUUUCUGUGACAUUUCUGCUCUUCUGAAGUUGUCCUGCUCAGACAUUUAUGUUAAUGAGCUGAUGAUAUAUAUCUUGGGUGGACUCAUCAUUAUUAUCCCAUUCCUAUUAAUUGUUAUGUCCUAUGUUAGAAUUUUCUUCUCCAUUUUGAAGUUUCCAUCUAUUCAGGACAUCUACAAGGUAUUCUCAACCUGUGGUUCCCAUCUGUCUGUGGUGACCUUGUUUUAUGGGACAAUUUUUGGUAUCUACUUAUGUCCAUCAGGUAAUAAUUCUACUGUGAAGGAGAUUGCCAUGGCUAUGAUGUACACAGUGGUGACUCCCAUGCUGAAUCCCUUCAUCUACAGCCUGAGGAACAGAGACAUGAAAAGGGCCCUAAUAAGAGUUAUCUGCACUAAGAAAAUCUCUCUGUAA